CGAAGUCUGUCGUUUAAGAGAGGUUACCCGUAAACAAAAGGUCAAAACGACACGAAUUAGCUGGAAAGGGUUUUGAUCCAAAUCUUGAUAUUCAAUUUGAAAAUUUCACAAUCAAAUCACUAAUCAGAAUCAUUAUCGACUGCAAUGGUCUGCGAAAAGUGUCAGAAAAAAUUAUCGAAGGUGACAGUACCAGACAAAUGGAAAGAAGGUGCAAGCAAUACUACUGAAGGCGGUGGCCGCAAAAUCAACGAGAACAAGCUCCUUUCCAAGAAAAACAGAAAAAUCAAUCAAGGCAAGAGGCUGUUAGCUACAAGUCCUCAAAUUCAUGAUAAGGGUAGCUUGGAAAUUCUUUGGAAAAGCUUGUAAAAAUGUUUACAUUAGAAAGCAUUCUAAAAGUGCAAGUACCUGCCAAGCACUAGAGUCAUUAAGCAGAAUGAAUGGGCUAAUAGAGAAGCCAACAAAGUAUGUUCUUUGUAAUGCACUUAGUUCUUGUGCAAAAACCCUGAAUUGGCAUUUGGGCAUACAAAUCCAUGCAUAUAUGAUUCGAUCUGGAUACGAAGAUAAUUUGUUCCUCUGUAGUGCACUUGUAGAUUUCUAUGCAAAAUGUUUUGCCAUUGUGGAUGCAAACAAGAUAUUUAGGGCCAUGAAACAACAUGAUCAGGUGUCGUGGACUUCACUUAUUGCUGGAUUUUCAGCAAACAAACAAGGAAGAGAUGCCCUCUUGUUGUUCAAAGAGAUGUUAGGAACUCAAAUCAGGCCCAAUUGUUUUACCUUGACUAGUGUCAUUAAUGCAUGUGUGGGGCAAAAUGGAGUCCUUGAACAUUGUCCAACUCUUCAUGUUCAUGUCAUCAAACAAGGAUUUGAUACUAGCAGUUUUGUGAUCAGCUCAUUAGUUGAUUGUUAUGCGAAUUGGGGACAGAUUGAUGAUGCUGUAUUAUUAUUCAAUGAAACUAGUGAGAAGGAUACUGUUAUAUACAAUACAAUGAUAUCUGGAUAUUGCCAAAACCUGUACAGCGAAGACGCUCUCAAACUAUUUGUAGAAAUGCGGGAAAAAAAUAUGAGUCCUACCGAUCAUACUUUAAGUUCCAUUUUAAGUGCUUGCAGCAGCCUUGCAAUGCUUCUUCAAGGAAGACAAGUGCACUCUCUAGUUAUUAAAAUGGGUUCUGAAAGGAAUGUCUAUGUGGCCAGCACUCUGAUUGAUAUGUACUCAAAGGGGGGUGACAUUGAUGAGGCUCAAUGUGUGUUGGAUCAGACUUCUAAGAAGAACACUGUGUUGUGGACGUCCAUGAUCAUGGGUUAUGCUCAAUGUGGGAGAGGUUUAGAGGCUUUGGAACUUUUCGAUUAUUUAUUAACCAAGAAAGAGUUAAUACCUGAUCAUGUCUGCUUUACUGCAGUCUUAACAGCUUGUAAUCAUGCCGGAUUUAUUGACAAAGGGGAGGAAUAUUUCAACAAAAUGAUAACAAACUAUGGUUUGUCUCCUGAUAUAGAUAUAUAUGCUUGCUUGAUUGAUCUUUAUGCUAGAAAUGGAAAUCUGAGGAAAGCAAGGGAUUUAAUGGAGGAAAUGCCUUAUGAUCCAAAUUGUAUAAUCUGGAGUUCGUUCUUGAGUGCUUGCAAGAUUUAUGGAGAUGUAGAGCUUGGAAGGGAGGCCGCUAUUCAGCUCAUUAAGAUGGAACCAUGUAAUGCUGCUCCAUAUUUAACUCUAGCACAUAUCUAUACAACAAAAGGAUUAUGGAACGAAGCUUCUGAAGUUAGAAGCCUUAUGCAACAAAGGGUUAAAAGAAAACCUCCAGGGUGGAGCAUGGAGUUGGGUAGAGGUAGAUAAACAUAAUCAUGUCUUUGCAGUUGAUGAUGUUACCCAUCAACAAUCAAAUGAAAUAUAUGCAGAGUAAGAAAGUAUUUACUUUGAAAUUUUAGAAUUUUCACCCUAUGUAGUAGAGGAUAUCAAUAUUCAAGCAUAGAUUCUCACAUGGAAUGCAUGUUCCAAUUUAUGAUGGAAAAAGUUAUUACUUCCAUGCCAUUAAACAAUGCAUGACUGUUACUAGAUGAUUACAAACAGUGGUUGAAUUUCACUUCCUGAAAACCAUAGAGAUUGCCUAAAAACACUUUUGUGGAUCUGUGAUAUUUUACAGAUCUCAAGGAUUUGUUCUGUCUGCUGUUUGACAUGGAGAUAAUGUGUAAAGCUAGUAAGUAGUAAUAAAAGGUUUACUUUCUUACUGCAUCCUCAAAGUAUUAGUUUCUUAAUUGAAGUUUUUUCUUUAUGGAAUUAUUAGUUUCUGAAAAACUUGAUAUUCAAAGGUAGACUUCCUAUUUACAAUUUGUUAGUUAUGAAUGUUGAAUUUAAAGGCUGAAAAAGAAGUAUUUCAUUUGGCCUCCAA